AUGAAAAACUACAACGCUAACAGCUCUAGGAGCAAAAUGAAGGGGGAAAAGGGCGCUACCCAAGGUGCCAGUCAUGGUGCCAGCCAUGGUACCAGCCAUGGUACCAGCCAUGGGGGUGGGUAUAAUGGCGGAUACGCCGGGGGGUAUAGUGCAGGUCACGGCUACAACAGUGGCUAUUACCCGAAUACCAGUUCGUCUUACCACAAAAAAAAAAACAGCGCCAAGUACGGAAAAGGUGCAUAUGAUAAUGAGUACACAAAGGAGAGAGAUAAAAAGAAGAAGAAUUUCGAUGGGAGGCCACACAAAAGCGAACAAUCGAGUGGUGGUCACGGAAACAGGGGCAACACGAAUAGGGGUUCCUCAAGUAGGGGUGGCCCCAAUAGAGGCGUAGACAAUAGCCCCCACGUAGGAGGUGCACAGACGCAUGAAGAUCUUUCGGCCUUUAAUCUGAACAAAAAUGAUAGCAUCUUCGAAGAUGUAGAUAGAAUCAACAGCAUCACGUUUGGCCACAACGACAACCCUGAAGGGGAUUUCUCGUACAUCAUGAAUAACAACCUAAUUGAAAAUGAAAAAAAAUUAUUUAAGUUAAACAAAUUAGAUAAUAAAAAUGUGGACUCUUCCCAAUUUCUCCACCUACAAGGAAGGGACUUCAUCGAUAGUGCCUCCGCUCAUUUUAUCAAACAGGAAGAUGAGCGAGAUCCCUUCCUUACCUACAAGGAGGAGCAGCAAAAGCAUCAAGUGGGGCUUCACCUGAUUAAAGAAGAAAAAAUGCCUUCAAAUGAGGUAGGCCAUGGUAGCAAUCACAUGAAUUAUGUUAGCCUCCCCUCCAAUAGCAAGGAAAAAGGAAACCAAGAAAGUGAUGAUCUUUUCCAGUUUGACAACAAAAUGUGUAACCUAACCAAAUUUAUUAAUAAAAAUAUUUUCUACGCAAAUGAAAAUGAUAAUGUAAAAGGAGAUUUUAUGAAUGACGAUGAGUCCAUGGAGAGUGCAGACCCAUUCAGUUUUAUCGACACUCCUGAGGAGAAUAAACAGUUAGUACAAAGCAAUAUCUUAAACCAGGGAGCUAUUAAAAAUCCCUCCAAUGAUACAGAACACAUGCAGAGGAAAUUGUAUCAACAGGAGGAACACCAAAAUAACGACCAAGCAGAAAAUGAAUUCGAGCGGAAGGCAAAUAUCGACUCGUACAAACUUAGCGAGAAUGAUUUCUCCAACAUAUAUCUCAUGAACAAUUUUGAACAGAUCCAUGAUAAGAGCACUUUGGUUGAAAAUUUUGAAACAGAUUAUUUGCAAAUUUUGGAGAGAAAAAAUGUGAAAAAGGGAAACGGUAAUAAUAACGUCAUGGAGGAUCCCCUAAUGGGGGAUGGCUUAGAGGAAGCGAUAGGAAUGGAGAGUCUCCCAUGGGCACCAGACCAAUCGGAGCAGGCCAGAAUAUUAAAACACAGAUUGAUGAACAAUUCGGAGAGGGAUUUCUCCAUCAGAGGCAUGAACGAACUGAUGUUGGAUAACAGAAAUGAAGUGGACGAAAAUUUGCAAUUUUUGAAUAGCCUCAGAAAUAUGCGUGGUCACUUGGGAGAGGAAGAAGGAGGGUUCAGGAUGCCCGGAAUGCCAGGCAUGUCCGCAAUGCCAGGCAUGUCUGCAAUGCCAGGCAUAUCUGCAAUGCCCAGUAUGCGUGAUUUGAAAGGACACCCCCCGGUUAUGGAUGCCACAUACACUAAUGAUGUGCACCUCAAGGAGGAGCAGCUUCACCAACUAAGUCAGAUAGAGCAGUUGAGGUUAUCAGCGGAGAAGAACUACCUCGACCCCUCGGGGAAGAUACCAACCGACCUGUCGAGUCUAACCAAUUUAUAUCCCUUCAAGGAAAACGAAGUAAACGAUGAAUUCCUGCUAAGCAUGAACGGAGAGCAAUCAUUGUAUCCUUCGAAGCAGGAUGAGUAUUACAUGAAAAGUGAUAAAAUUAACGACCAUUUUGUGAAUGACCUGAGGCAUUACAAAGAAGAUUAUAAAAAAGAGCAGUUCAUUUUUCCUGAACAGGAAGAUCACUCAAGUGAAUUUCUCUUCCAAAUUGGUCCCAACAAGGGUAUCCAUUUGGGGGGGAUACACAUAGGGGAUGAUAUGAGACCACCUCAACAGGAAGGAAUAAAAUUUGAGGAUCGAUUAAUCAACGGCGAAAUUAUCCCCCCCCCGGAGGAGUACGUACUGAGGAAUAAUCUUGAAGAAGGAAAUUAUUACGCCAAUUUAAAUGAAAAAAUAGAGAACGUAAAGGAAGUGGAGGAAGAUUUAUUAUUCUUUAAUCAAGACGAGGACUUAAAACAAGACAUAACCAAUGACUUAAACGCGCUGAAAAUAUUGAAUAAUUACUAUUUGGAUGACAAGGCUAAUGAUUUCCUGUUAAUGGAAAAGAAUAAAAAUUCUCCGCUCGGCGACCAGUUGAACUUCUCUGGGGGUGUAGUCUACCAGGCUGACCAGUACCCAGGGAAGGAAAUAUCACCAAAUGGACGCAUAGCGCGCGAUCGACAACAGGGUAAUAAAUCCGGUGGACAAAAAGUGAAAGGGGUACCCAACUAUGCGAAGGAUAAUCAUCGCAGUCGCCACGGCAAUCAUUUGGAGAAAGGGAACAACAUAUUAUCCAGCAAGAACAUUACCAAUAUGCAUGUAGGAAUGUUACGAGAUAGACUCCAGAGAAGCACAUCGUCCGGUGGGUACAUAGAUAAAUAUGAUCCAAAAAAAUAUUUUUACAAAAAUGACAGAAUGAAAAAUAAUAGCAACAAUAAGAUGUACCAAAUGAGUUACUCUCUGACGUAUGAAGGUACAAGUGGGAAGGGACAUGGUCAUGCCCUGAGAAAUGUGAUGAGUAGUGAGAUCUACCGACGCUCAAAUGAGAAGAAUGGAUCCAUAUGCGAAAGCUUCAUAAUUCGUUUGAAAAAACAACACAUGCUAAAAUUAACGAACUUUCUAAAGAUGAGUUACAAAAAAACGAAUCCGAAUGAUCUAAAUGACGACCUGUACAAUUAUUAUAGAUUUUUGAACAAAAUAAAUGGAAAUAUUAAACAGAAUAAUUAUUUUUUCAAAUAUCGAAAUCUCAUGAAGAAAAGUGACAAGGAUAAAUUACUCAGGAUUCAACUAUCCUAUAUGAUUAUAAACCCCUCCAUACAGAAGAAUAGUGGCAAAUGGAACUUCAAAAGUGAAGCAAGAAAUGAUGGCCAAGGGAAUCCAACCCUGAAGGAUGAUCAUGAAAUUCAUAAUGACGGAACAGAUCAAGGAGAUCACAGAGGUGCAAAGCGCAUCACAAGUGAAGAUCAUAGCGAUGGUGAUAAUGACAGCGUGGACAGUGGUGAUAGCGAAAUUAUAAACCUUCCAAGUGCAGUGGACACCAUAAGAACCAACUGUCUACCAAACGGUGAAAAUUUUACCAUGCUUUACACCAAUGACCAGGAGGAGAAAUUGUACAAUCUACUACAUGAGGGUAAUUUUGACAUGCACAGUGAAAAUAUACUUAGCAUUGAUCUGAACAAAAUUUUAAACAUAACCACCAGCAGUGCAACGGAAAUAAACGCUGUAGAUUCAAAGGCUGAAAAUGAAGGGGACACAGAAGGGCCAAAUAACGCCCUUAAUGAUAACACAGGUGUUGAGGGUGCCCAAGCAGUUCAUCGAAAAGUGGGAGAUAAAGAAGAAAUAAAAUGUGAAGUCUCCAAAGAAGAUAGCGAAAAGAAAGGAGAUAGUAUCAGCGGGCCUGACAACAAAACUGGAGGUCAAAUAGACAUACCUAAGUAUGAUAACGCAAACAAACUAGGUAGAUUCGUUUUCGCCACGGUGCAUGAACCGAGAAAUUUAAUAACCCUAAUGAAGAAUGAUCCUCUAUUUGAUAGCUAUGAUGAGGUGGUGGAGAAAUUUAAAAAUAUCAUAAUUAGUGAGGUAGCCUUGGAGCAGGGACCAAAGGGGGAAGGCAAAGAAGAUGCGCCUUCACCAAUUAACAAGUUCACCUCGAAGGGUGUAAAAAAAAAUAACAAAAAAAGAGAAGAUAACCCCCCCACGCAGGAUCAAACAGCUUCUGCAACUACCAAGCUUCUCAUGCACGACGCCGUCACUAAGAAAAUGUUGGAGAUGUUGUGGGACCUCUAUAUAGACAUAAGAAACAUUUACAAAGACAUAGACAAGUGCCCCUAUACACACAUAGAAACAAUAUCCAAAUAUAAUGAAGAGAUUAAAAAGAAAAAAAAUACCCUCUUCAAUUUUAUCCUUUUGAAGAAAACCAACGAUGAGCCAACCAUCUGCAGUUCCCUGAUGAGUAGUCAUAACAACAUGUUCUUGAUGAAGAACAUAAGCAACGUAGACAUUACUGUUAACAAGCAUCUUUACCUAUACCUAACCAACUCACUCUACAGAAACAUCAAUAGGAACUCAGAAUUCCUGAUUUACCCGACUGUCGCAGAUUUGCUUAUCAAUUUAUCCUUUGACAAGGACCAUGUGGCGAGGUACGUGAAGCGAGGGUUGACAACACAUUGCGCUGAUAAAGAGGCAAGUGAUGUGCAGCCUUCCCUCGACGGUAGCGGCACUACAUCAGAUAGAAACCGUAGCAACAUUAGCAGCAUUAGCAACAUUAGCAACAUUAGCAACAUCUUUGAGCAUCGCUUUGCCUACAAGGACAACCUCGCGGAGCUGGGGAACUCCACCCAGUUUGGCAAAGUCAUCCCCUUCAACAGAACCUACUGCUACUACAAUUUUGGAGGCUACAACGAGUGGGACAUCCUUGCCUCCGACAGUGCUGCGAACAAUCGUACUGAUGGUACAGAAAAUGGCGGUUCCGUGGAGGCCCCCAAGGAAAAGAAGAAAAAAUCCUUCUUCUUCUUCAAGGAGAAGCAGAGUAAAAAAAGUGCAAAUGACCAAACGAGUGAAGAAAAAGAAAACACAGCCCCUCCGACUUCCACAAACUGCAUGAGAGUACACAACGAGAUAACAAAACUCGACGUGAAUGCAAACCAAAUGAGUGAGGAGCUACAAAAAUUGAAGAGUAUAAACUGCUUAUUUGUUAGUAGCAUAUUGAAAAAAAAAGGGGCAUGCAUAUAUAGGAAGAUAUUAAAAAUUGUAAAAAAGAAAAAGAGAAUGACCAUCAUUUAUACCCUCUUUAGUAACUACCUUCUUCUCCUUUUCCUCUUUGCCCAUGCGGAUUAUUGUUUCGAAAAUAUGGUCCAUUAUGAGGAGUUCUUAAAAUUGCAGCUUCUCCAUAUGAAUGCUAAUAUAAACACACUCAAUAAGUUUAUUAAGAAUGAGAAAAUGCAAAAUAUAUUUUUCAUGAAUGAACACGAAGCUCACUUGGGAAAUAGCGGCAUCCACAAGUUUAUUAAUAUUAGAUGUAAACUUUACAGUAGUAACAUUUAUUCAUCACUAUAUAUCUACCUGUUGGAUGUAUCUCUCUCCUAUUUGUUUACUCCUGGCAUUGGUAUUGCCUACGUGCAGAGCAUCUUGGCUCUCCUCCUCUUUUACAACUACGUACACUUGUACAUAACGAAGCUUCUCUUUUACAAGAGUGGAGCCGCCCUCUUAACCAUUUUCCUUGUCAAAAUUAUCCCCUACGUUAAGGAGUUUGAUAGGAAUCUCAUAAUAUGCUUUCUCUACUCUGUGCUACACAGCGUAUUCUACAUCCUGUGCAACAUCUUCACGCACCGCCUGGAGGAGGAGAGACGGACAUACAAGGGACCCGAAUCGGAGUUGCACUUAAAAAUAUUAAUGAGCAUGUCCAACGAAAUUAGCUUUUACAAAAUUGUGUACAAGAGUGUGUGCAGUUAUUCUCACCAGGAUAGCUUUUUGGAGGAGGAGAUCACCAGCAUGUUAGAAGAUUUAGGAAAGGAUCCCAUCGUAAAGGUCAUAAUGAAUUACAUACAAAAAUGA